AUAACAUACAAUAUUACAAAGCCCAAUAGAACGGGAAAAUCAGUUGAUGACGUAAGGUCUUCCCGCGCGUCUCCCAAAUGUAAGAAAAUUGAAAAUAACGUAAGUAAAAAACUUCAAUGUCUGAGCCCGGGUUCGAACCGGGGACCUUUAGUGUGUGAGACUAACGUGAUAACCGACUACACCACCCAGACUUUGGUGUCAAGGAUUCCUAUCAUUUUAUACUUAUCAAAGUGAUAUUAACGAUGAUGCUUGAUGCGGUGGUGAGAUUGUUGCCGCCGGCGUGGAAAAUCGUUACUUACCGUUACGUCUGAGUAUCAUGUCUCUGAUUCCUUAUUUAAUUUGUAUAUGAUUUGGGCCAACAUAGCGAAGAUCGGGAGAGUUUACUUCUCAACUGAAACACCCAGAAAUUUUACAAUUUCUUCUUUGAUCCUAUCCAGCGUUAUAGGGCUCCUCAAAACGCUGCGUUUUAGUUCUUCUUCCUCAGUUACACUUCUCGGCACAAUCAAACCUCAGACACACGUCGAAGUCGUCCUUAAUGGCACUCUCUCAGGUUGCGUAUUUGAUUCCACUGAAAGCAGAUUUGAAUGAAGACAAUUCGUGCCCAAGGAUAACUUUAUCCGAAGGGCCAAACACCAUCGGCCGCGGCAACGUUUCAAUCGCCGAUAAGCGUCUCAGCCGCAAACACAUCACCAUCAUCGCUUCCACGACUGGCACAGCGUCCUUGUCUGUGGAAGGAACUAAUCCGGUGGUUGUUAGGUCUUCCGGCGGCGGAGAGAGGAAGAAAGUAAACCCCCGUGAAGAGGUUUCAUUAACCAAUGAUGAUCUUAUUGAAUUGAUCCCUGGUCAUCAUUUCUUCAAACUUGUGCUUCUACCUUCUGAAAACAAUGGCGAGAAUCAGACAGGAAGCCAUGAAAGAGCAGCUAAGAAAGCUCGAAAGGCUGAAACACAAGGAAAUGAUGAUGAUGAUGUAGAGGCGAUUCGCCGUUUUUGUCUACCUGAUGAGAAACUACCUUCAACGUUUCGGCUUAUGAAUGUUAAUGGAUUGCCUGAUUGGGCUAAUACCUCUUGUGUUUCCAUUAAUGAUGUCAUUGAGGGAGACGUUGUUGCUGCAAUCCUGUCGAAUUAUAUGGUCGAUGUAGACUGGUUGGUGUCAGCUUGCCCAAAACUGGCCAGCAUUCCCCAGGUUAUGGUUAUUCACGGAGAAGGUGAUGGUAGGCAAGAGUGUAUUCAGAGGAAGAAGCCAGCUAAUUGGAUUCUUCAUAAGCCCCGGUUACCUAUAUCGUUCGGGACACACCAUUCCAAGGCUAUAUUUCUUGUCUAUCCUCGAGGAGUGAGAGUUGUGGUACACACUGCGAAUCUGAUCCAUGUUGAUUGGAACAACAAAAGCCAGGGUUUGUGGAUGCAAGAUUUCCCUUGGAAAGAUGGUGACAAAGAUACACCUAAAGCUUGCGGAUUCGAAGGUGAUCUUAUCGAUUACCUCACUGUUCUCAAGUGGCCUGAGUUCACUGCAAGCUUACCCGGUCGUGGUAAUGUCAAGAUCAAUGCUGCCUUCUUCAAAAAGUUUGAUUAUUCCGGUGCUACGGUUCGACUAAUUGCAUCGGUCCCUGGAUACCACACUGGUUUGAACUUGAGAAUGUGGGGACACAUGAAACUACGGACGAUUCUUCAAGAAUGCAUUUUCGAUAGAGAGUUCCGCAGAUCCCCGUUAGUUUAUCAGUUUUCUUCACUCGGUUCUUUAGACGAGAAGUGGUUGGCUGAAUUUGGAGCUUCUUUGUCUUCUGGUAUGACGGAGGAUAAAACUCCUCUCGGUCCGGGGGAUCCGUUGAUAAUAUGGCCUACAGUAGAAGACGUCAGGUCUUCUUUAGAGGGUUAUGCUGCUGGCAAUGCAAUUCCGAGCCCAUUGAAGAACGUGGAGAAACCAUUCUUGCAAAAGUAUUGGGCGAAAUGGAAAGCGGAUCAUAGUGCUCGCGGUCGUGCAAUGCCACAUAUAAAGACGUUCACACGUUACAGCGACCAGAACCUUGCAUGGUUCUUGCUAACCUCGUCGAAUCUUAGCAAGGCGGCAUGGGGAGCACUUCAGAAAAACAAUUCCCAGUUGAUGAUCCGUUCCUAUGAGUUGGGAGUCUUGUUUUUACCAUCCCCAGUAAAAACACGAGGCUGUAAAUUCUCGUGCACCGAGAAUAACUCGAGGACGAUGAGGGCAAAACAAGAGACGAAAGAUGAGGUAGAGAAGAGUAGGAGUAAGCUAGUGACAAUGACCUGGCAAGGAGACAGAGAUUCCCCUGAGAUAAUCUCAUUACCGGUUCCUUAUCAACUACCUCCUAAGCCAUACGCAUCCCAAGAUGUUCCAUGGUCAUGGGACCGAGGGUACUCGAAGAAGGAUGUGUACGGACAAGUCUGGCCAAGGUAGUGAUGAUAAGAGCCAUUGUGACUUGAGAGUGGUCAAGAUAGUUGAUGUUAGCUUUAGCUAUCAUCUGAAUAAUCGGAUCAGAUUAAAAUUUGUAGAUUAAUCCGGAUUAGUCCACGAUUAGAGUUGUUGAUACAGGUUUUUUAAGUCUGAAAGAAAAUUAGCAUGUCGACUUGAGACUGCCGUACGAACGAGGUUGAAAGAUUUAAAAUCUCGUGGGCCAACUAGAUCAGUUUAUGCCUUUAUAUGGAAUGGCUAAUUUUAAUUAUAUGUAUCUUUCUACAAAUCAUGUAUCUAAAUAUCAAAAUAUGAAUUAUCGAUUUAUAAUAUUUUGUGAUUUGUUUUAUUUAUUUAUUCAUGUGUACAAGCAUACUGCUAUAUUUGGAUUAUAUUAUAUGAUGUUAAUAUGUAC